CAGUCUAUGUGACAACCAAUGGCGUUAUUCUGCCUGCCACUGCGGUUGCGAACACGUGGUUUCUGUUGACGUCGUACCAGUAUGCCGCGCUCGAAGCGAAAUCGUCAAGUUUCUCUAACUCGGACGAAGAAGAAGGGAUUAGAGCACAAGCGGGAUCUCAUCCAAGAGGUGCGAGAUGCCUUUGACAAGUAUGACAAGGUGUUUGUGUACUCAGUGUCCAACAUGCGGAACACCAAGCUCAAGGAUGUGCGCCAGGAAUGGAAGGACAGCAGGUUCUACUUUGGCAAGAACAAGGUGAUGAGCGUGGCCCUGGGCCGAUUCAUCGACGAAGACCACCGUGAGAACCUGCACAAAGUCAGCGAGCGACUACGUGGCCAGUGCGGCCUCUUCUUCACCAACGCGCCCAAGGAGAAAGUUCUUGAGUGGUUCAGCGAGUACACUGAUGCAGACUAUGCACGGGCAGGAUUCCGAGCGACACACCAGGUAUUCCUGGACCAAGGUCCGCUACCUCAGUUCCAGCACUCUCUGGAACCACACUUGAGGCGUCUGGGUCUGCCCACCAGCCUCCAGAAAGGUGUGGUGACAUUGGUGAAGGACCAUGAAGUGUGCAAGGAAGGCGAGGUGCUGAAGCCGGAACAGGCUAGCAUACUGAAACUGCUCGGCAUCAAGAUGGCCACUUUCAAGAUCACUAUGGAGUUCCUUUGGAAUUCAGAUGGUACUUGCGAGGUGCUCUGCGAGAGUACCAAUGAGUUUGCCAAAAAGAAGAGGUCACUGCGAGGCAAGAAGCGGCAGAAGCUUGGAGCAGAUGACAGCGAAGGUGCCGAUAAUGGCAGCGAAGAAGAGGAGGAAGACUUGGACAGCGCUGGUGAAGAGAGCGACGAAAGCGAUGGUUCCUCAAACAGCACAGAAGAUGUGGUCCAGCAGAGGCCAAAGAAAGUUGCAGUUAGGUCAAAGAGACAGAAAUAAACUAUAAUUUUAGACAUCUGGCAAA